CCUUAAACCUCUUCGCCUGUCGCCAUUAUUCCCUUCCUCCUCCACCUCCUCCUCUUUCUCCUCCUCCGCCGCCGCCGCCGCCGCCGCCGCUGCGAAGUCCUUCCUCCGCCCGCUACUUCGACUGACCGCGCCCGAGCUCGCCUGGGACGAUGAGGAAGAAGGUGGACGAUCGCAUCCGAACCCUAAUCGAGAAUGGCGUCAAGCUCAGGCACCGCUCCAUGUUCAUCAUCGUCGGCGACAAGUCCCGCGACCAGAUUGUGAAUCUCAACUACAUGCGCAGCAAGGCGGUUGUAAAAUCUCGCCCUACAGUACUAUGGUGCUAUAAGGAGAAGCUUGAGAUCAGCAGUCACAAGAAGAAACGAGCAAAGCAGAUAAAGAAGCUGAUGCAGCGAGGACUGAUGGACCCUGAAAAAGCAGAUCCCUUUUCCCUUUUUCUGGAAACUGCUGAUAUAAAAUAUUGCUUGUAUAGAGAUUCAGAGAGAAUUCUUGGAAAUACAUUUGGCAUGUGCAUCCUCCAGGACUUUGAGGCAUUGACACCCAAUCUCCUAGCAAGAACUAUUGAGACUGUCGAGGGUGGUGGUUUGAUAGUGCUCUUGCUUCGUUCUCUUUCUUCUCUUACUAGUCUGUACACCAUGGUCAUGGAUGUGCAUGAGAGGUUUCGAACAGAGUCUCAUUCGCAGGCUGCUACAAGGUUUAACGAGAGGUUCUUACUAUCUAUUGCGACAUGCAAGGCCUGUGUUGUAAUGGAUGAUGAGCUUAACAUAUUACCAAUAUCAUCCCAUAUAAGAUCAAUUAAACCUGUAUCAGUCAUGGAGGAUCCUGAGGGGUUAUCUGAAGGGGAGCGGGAAUUGAAGGAUCUAAAGGAACAAUUCCGUGAGGAUUUCCCAGUUGGCCCUUUAAUUGGAAAGUGUUGCACUAUGGAUCAGGGGAAAGCUGUGAUUGAUUUUCUUGAAGCUAUUUUGGAUAGAACACUACGGAACACUGUUGCCUUAAUUGCUGCUCGUGGGCGUGGGAAAUCAGCUGCUCUGGGUCUAGCUGUUGCAGGAGCUGUUGUUGCAGGGUAUUCGAAUAUUUUUGUAACUGCUCCCAGCCCAGAAAAUCUCAAAACUCUAUUUGAGUUUGUCUGCAAGGGAAUUAAUGCUUUGGAAUACAAGGAGCAUUUGCAUUAUGAUGUGGUGAAGAGCACUGAUUCAGAACUGAAGAAAGCAACGGUUCAAAUAAAUGUCUACAAACAACAUCGCCAAACAAUCCAGUAUAUGAAGCCGCAUGAGCAUGGAAAGCUUUCUCAAGUUGAGCUCCUUGUUAUUGAUGAAGCUGCAGCUAUUCCAUUGCCUAUUGUAAAGUCCUUACUUGGACCAUAUCUGGUCUUCCUCUCAUCAACUGUCAAUGGCUAUGAAGGGACGGGACGCUCCUUGUCUCUGAAGCUUCUCCAACAAUUGGAAUCACAAAGUCAGAUAUCUAUGCAAAGUACCGAUGGCCCCAAAUCUGGUAGGCUCUUCAAGAAGAUUGAAUUGAAUGAAUCUAUUAGAUAUGCCUCUGGCGAUCCAAUAGAGUCCUGGCUUAAUAGUUUACUAUGCUUGGAUGUUGCCAAAUCCAUUCCAAAUAUUAGUAGACUGCCUAAUCCAAGAGAAUGUGAUCUCUACUAUGUCAACCGAGAUACACUUUUCUCAUACCACAAAGAGAGUGAGAUGUUUUUGCAGCGAAUGAUGGCUCUUUAUGUUGCCUCGCACUACAAAAAUUCACCGAAUGAUUUGCAGUUGAUGGCUGAUGCACCAGCCCACCAGCUGUUUGUAUUGCUAGGUCCCAUUGAUGAGUCAAAAUAUCAGCUCCCAGAUAUUUUGUGUGUUGUUCAGGUUUGUCUUGAAGGACAAAUAUCACGAAAAUCCUCUAUGAAAAGUUUAAGUGAGGGUCGUCAACCUUUUGGUGACCAAAUACCGUGGAAAUUUUGUGAACAAUUCCAAGAUGAUGUAUUUCCAAGUCUUUCUGGAGCUCGAAUAGUGCGAAUUGCUGUCCAUCCUAAUGCCUUGGGGCUUGGAUAUGGCUCAACUGCUGUGGAGCUCUUAACAAGGUACUAUGAGGGCCAAAUGACGAAAUUUGCGGAAGUUGAUGAGGAGAAGGAAGAACCUAAAAUUAAUGUCACUGAAGCUGCAGAAAAGGUCUCUUUACUGGAAGAGAAUAUAAAGCCCAGAGCAAACCUUCCUCCUCUUCUUGUGCAUCUUCAUGAACGCCCUCCUGAAAAGCUCCACUACCUUGGUGUUUCUUUUGGAUUAACAUAUGAUCUCUUUCAGUUUUGGAGGAAGCAUAAUUUUUAUCCAUUCUAUGUUGGCCAUAUUCCAAGUGCUGUGACUGGUGAGCAUACUUGCAUGGUCCUGAAGCCAUUGAAUAACGAUGAAAUCGAAGUUAGUGAAUCAGCUUAUUGUGGGUUUCUAGCUCCGUUUCAUCAAGAUUUCAGACAAAGAUUUAUGCGGCUUCUGGGCACUACUUUUCGCACGCUUGAUUCUAAACUUGCAAGGAGCAUUUUGGAAUCAAAGCCAGGUUCUACAAACCACGAACCCAGAUCGGUUGACAUGGAUGGUAAUUUUAAGAAACUGCGGGACCUAUUGUCCCCGUAUGAUAUGAAACGACUAGAGGCAUAUACCGGCAACCGUGCCGAUUAUCAUACAAUUCUUGAUCUUAUGCCCACUCUAGCACAUCAGUAUUUCCAAGAAAAGCUUCCUGUAACAUUAUCGCCGUCCCAAGCCUCAGUUUUAUUCUGCAUGGGUCUGCAAAACAAAGACUUUUCUUCUCUCAAGGUUGAAAUUGCCCCUGAACAUGAGACGUUGGAUGCAGAUCUCAAGGCAGUAGUAAGGAAAGUAAUGGAAAAGAUAAAAACAUAUAAUGAAGGUAAUGUGAAUCCGGAAUACCUGGAGCAAUAUGCAAUUGUACAUAGAGAAGGUGACUAUGAGGAGGCUUUUCAAAAUGAAGGAAAGGCAUCCUCAAGUGGGACACUUAGUGCGAAAUCCAACAGGAGAAAGAGGGAUCGACCAGGAAAGCAUAAGGAAAUGGUUAAAGCCAAAAGGAAAGAAAAUGACAGUGACAGAGGGAAAUUGAAGAAACAGAAAUCCUGAAGGUUUUAUUUGCAAAAUGCUCGACUGUUAUCAGUUUGGAGGAAGAAGCGUUCUGAUGCAGAAACUGUAGCCGUUGGCUACGUCAAAUUUUGUCCGUUGGAAUACUAUUAGCAUCCCAGAAUGAAUGGUGCUAAGGUGAACUUAUUAGAAGGCAACUCAGGUAUCAAAUCUUUUUUUUUUUAUUUUUUAUUUUUUAUGCGGGUGAUAGUAAUGUAACAUUUAUUAAGAGAGGACCAGAAAGGAACGGAGUGCAGGCCCAAAUUAUAAACGUUUAUUUAAUUCUAUUUGUGUUUUCUGUUCAUGUCUGAGCGAGGAAUAUAAUUGAUUCUUCUCCAGGCCACACUGUAACACUCCUUAUUUAUUUGCAAUACAAAUUUUUGACCUGUGUAAGAUGUAUGA